AUGUCUUGUCGACCAUUGCCUGUUUCUGUUGGGUUUCUUGCUCAGUACGUUCUCAAACUACUCCUCGGGGUUGUGCUUGUCCCUGUGACUCUUGGACUAGUCCUAAAUACUUAUGCAAAGCUUGUGGUCAGCCUUCUCCGACCAGUGAUGCCAUUUCUUGCUAUGGUAUGCACUUCUCUGUGCAUUGGAAACCUACUUUCAAUUAAUCAAAGUCGGAUUCUUUCAGCAGACGGUCUUGGUUUGUUACUCCCGAUUGUGACAUUUAACGCUGUGGCUUUUGCGUUGGGUUAUUGGUUUUCUAAGAUCCCUGCCCUCAGACAAAAGGAAAAAGUUAGCAGGGUGAUAUCGCUAUGCACAGGAAUGCAGAAUUGGACUUUAGCGGGCCUCCUCGCGACCCAGUUCCUAGGAAGCAGCCAAGCCGUCCCACCAGCUUGCUCGGAGGUCAUGAUACCCAUCAUGGGACUAUGCCUUGCCUCCUUCUGGGGCAAUGGGUUUCAAAUCAGAGACAUUCCAUCUCUACUCACACCACAAAACAGUGGCUCCACAACAGAAUCAUGA